AUGGAGCCAUCGCAAAUGCCACACUCUCGUGGUAUAAAUAACAGCUCAGUUUCUCCUUAUUGUACCACCUUAAUGCUCUCAAAGCACAAACAACAACAAUUUGCUAUCAAUAACAUGAAGUUUUCCUCUGUACUUGCCACUUUUGGUUUAUUAGCUAUUACUCAAUCAAGUUUGAUCAAACGCGGUGGUGAUGAUGAUGAUAAUGAAGGCCACAACCCACAACAAGUCCCAAUUACUCCAGUUGUUCCACACCGUUCAAAGCCUCAUUACACAGAAAAGUUCACCUUGGGAGUCAAAAUUGAUGGCCAAGUUUGGUUAACUUUUCAAGAAGAAGAUGGUCAGCUUGAAUUUGAUCACAUCAAGUAUUAUCAACAUGGCUCAAAACCACAUUGGGGUGGUCACCACCAAACUUUUACUAUUCAACCAGUUACUGAGGAUGAUUCGGAACCUACUGGCCAUGCCGAUUGGAAGCGUGGUUACGACCCUGCUGAAGAAGAAGAAGAAGAUGAUAAUUACACCGCUGCGAAGUACUACCCAAAAUCAUAUUCCAUCAAGUAUCAACCGUGGUUACCCAUCUUUACUUUGAAAAAUACUGUUUUGAAAGACACGCAUGAAAGAACUGGGUCUAUUGUUGCUAAUCACCAGCUUCAAUUUGAUAAUCCUGUUCAACCUGAUGCUUUGUAUACCAAUGGGUUCUCAAUAAAGUAUGUGAAUGGAUAUCCUUUGUUAGCAUUGAAUGACAAAACCACUUUUUGGGACUCACAAGCUUCUUCUCCAAUUUGGAAAUUGUAUGACAAACCAAUUACAUAUAAAUCAAGAAGCGUUGAGCUUGUUGUGAUUAAGGUGGUCUAUUGA